AGUUGCAGGAGAAUUUUAGAUCGGAUUACGUAGGUUAGAUUGAGAUUUAAUACGCGCUUUCCAUUUUCGAGGAACACUUGGCGCAUUCGAAAGAAAAUCGAAAUGGCCCACUUCACGCCUGCCUCUAUUAGAGGCUUUAGAGAAUCUUUUACGUAUAUAGACAUACCUUUCCCGCGUAUGUAAACCUUCGAAGCCCGAUAAUGCUGCCAUCUACGUAGCGGAUAUUAUAGCGCGCGCCGCGAAACAAAAGCCGAACUGCAGAUCACUUCAGCCCUCAGGCCCAGACCCCUGCUCAGACCGUCCAAGAGGAAGGACAAAGCGACACUGCCACUGCAUCGUUACGUUAUUAUAACCAUCAGAGUUAUAUAGACUAGAACCGCUAGAACGUUGUACCGUUCUUCGGAAAUCAUCCGUAAAAGUCUUCACUUCGAAAAAGCGCCAGUGGAAUUUCGAGAUAUUCGAGCAACGUUGCGUUAUAUGUAAACGCAGCGAUCGUCGUUUGUUCGAAUAUUCACCUUGCUCGACCGACUGCAGCCAUUGUUUAAAGUACUCAUAUUCUUUCAUCGCUGCAUUGUGUGCGCUUAUAAAACGUGAAUUCGUUAUUUAAUUCUUGUCGUUGUCAGAGUCGACACGCUAGAUACUUAUCACGACGUCAUUGCCGUCGUUUCAUCUUUCGUUGCGGGUAUACGAUUCGCCUUUCAGUGUUAUAGAUUCCUACGAACGUUAUUAGAGUAAUAAUGGUUCCUCGCGCGUUUUUUUUUUUGUUUUUUUUUUUUUUUUUUGGUCCCUUUUUGGGACGAUUUUUUGUUUGGUAAGCUAUAUAACGUGAAAACGGGCGAAUAAGCCACACAACAGACGUAAGCGCCUAUCGCCUGAGCAAAACGAAUCUUCAGCAGUCGCGACUAAACAUAAUUUUUUGAUGCACCAACACAGUUGCCAUGGAGGCCUUUAGAAGACAAAAUUUUAACCAUGAAGUUGCAAGAGAAGUCAAACAGGGAAAUGUUUUGAGAAAAUGCUCAAUAUUGUCAACGAAUCCGCGUCAAAGAGGAAAUGAAUUAUACAAAAGCAAAAAACAUGAUAGUAAAAUCCAUGAAACAAUAUUGUCGCUUUAUUCAGAAAGCAUUGCUUUUGCUCCAGAGGGUUCUGAAGAGCUCGCCCUAGGAUACAGCAACAGAUCAGCUUUGUUGUUACAUUUGCAUCGUCCAAAAAAUUCAUUAAUCGAUAUUGCCAGAGCAUUGAAAAUGACCAAAUCAACGGAUUUGAGAAGAAAACUCUUUUCACGAAAAGCAAAUUGUUUGGAACUCAUAGAUAAGUCUACUGAUCCAGAAGACUAUGAUACUUCUGAUGAAUUGGAAAUUCCAGCAUUCACGCCAUCUAAAGAAGUUCCAUGUGCUGCUGACUGUGUAAAGAUUGUUUACAAUAAGCAGUUUGGUAGGCAUAUUAUAGCAACUCGUGAUAUUGAGCCUGGUGAAGUGAUUACUGCUGAAACCAGCUAUGCUGCAUUUCCUAAUGGGAAUCAAUUGUAUCUCAAUUGCUCUCAUUGUCUAUGUUUAGCUUGGAAUGGAAUCCCUUGUGAUUCUUGUGCUCAUUUUAUUUUCUGCAGUGAGGAAUGCAAAAAGGAAGCUUGGAACGCGUAUCAUGAUAUUGAAUGCCGCAUAAUUCCAUAUAUUUUUUUAAAUAUAACUGAGAAAUCAAAUUACGCUUCUAUUAUGACCUCAGCUAGAAUAUUUAUAACAGCAGCCAAGAAAGAGGGGAUAAAAAACAUGUUGGAAAUUGCUGAAUCCAUAGAUAAGCAAGAUUCCUGCACAAGUGUUUGGUCAAACAAAGGGUUUAACUAUGAAACAUUUAGUAGUUGUUAUAACUUAAUAACCCAUGAAAACUCAUUCGAGCAUGAACAAAUUUAUAAAUGUCAAGCAAAUAUCAUACUGAACUUGCUUUACACGUAUACUGACAUUAUCAAUACUCUUCAGAAAACUGAUUCUGAUGCUAAAAAUUCAUAUGAUAUUGUACAGAUUUUCUCAGCUCUGGAAAAAAUACUCAUUAAAUUAUUAAAAAUCGUUGCAUUCAACAGCUAUGGAUAUGAGAUACAUCACGGUACUUAUCAUCUUAAAGUUAAGAAUCAAUUUCUUAUGCCUGAUUCCGUCAAAGGAAUAAUAGUUACUCUAUUCUCUGCGUUCUUCAACCACAGCUGUUAUCCUAACAUUAGUAGAAUAUUCAUGCCAAAACGAAAAAUGGCAACGAUUACGAUACUUCCUGUUAAAAAAGGCGAACAGUUGUCUAUUGAUUAUGGAGUGUCAAUAGUUACAGAAAAACAAGGGAGACAAGCAUAUUUAAAACAUAACUAUCACUUUACCUGUGAAUGUGAAGGUUGCAAAAAUGAUUUGACUGCAAGAAAUUUGCUUAAACUGGUACCAGAUCAUAAUCUAAAUUGUAGUUCUAAGUUUUUAUAUGAAUAUUACAAAAUUGUCUCAUCCAGCCUAAAACGACACGGGGAAUUGACUAUGGAUGCAGAAUCCAUCAAAACAGCAAUAGAAAUCUGUAAACUUUUAAGAAAGAAUUUAAAAGAUCAUGACGCUCUGCGAUAUUCUUAUCAAUACUCGUGCUUUUUAGCAGACGCGUUCGUCUAUCAUUACCAAGAAAAAUGCAAAAUACCUGAUAAGUGUUGACUUUUGAAAACACUUCUGAUUUUCUGAUUUUUAAAAAUAUUUUUUAGUUACUAUUUUGACUAUAGUCUGUUUGUUCAAAUUCUUUUGUGCAUCGCAUUUAUAAGAUCAAUUUUUAAACGUUUGCAUUCAUAUGAUCCAUUAUUUACAAUUUUUUUUAAUUGCAUGUAAUUAAUUAAUGUAAUUAAUUAUGCAUAAUGGCGACACAGCGUAUAUUUAAUGUAUUAAAAUAAGUUUUCUAAAAUUAGGAAACGACUAGUAACGUAAUACGAUUAAGAACAAUUUGAAAAUAAUAUUUUCCGUUGUUCC